AAUACUCAUUUAUCCCCAGCUUCUGUUGAUUAGCUCAUUUACACUGCGGCCUCUUCGCUUUCCGUGUUGCAGUUUCUCUGUGGGAAAUGGCGGCUCCCGAGCAGCCUCUACCGCCGAUGGCAAGAGGAUGUCAGAGCUCUGCUUCACUCUCUCCGUCACGGGGCGACCGAACCCUUCUUGUGAGGCACCUGCCAGCCGAGCUGACUGCUGAGGAGAAAGAGGAUUUGCUGAAAUAUUUCGGGGCGCAGUCGGUGCGCGUCCUGUCAGAUAAGGGACGACUGAAACAUACAGCUUUUGCUACUUUUCCUAGUGAAAAAGCAGCUAUAAAGGCAUUGACAAGACUUCAUCAGCUGAAACUUUUGGGUCAUACUUUAGUUGUUGAAUUUGCAAAAGAACAAGAUCGAGUUCAUUCCCCAUGUCCCUCUUCAGACACUGAAAAAAAGAAAAGAUCUGAUGAUCCUGUGGAAGAUGAUAAAGAAAAGAAAGAACUUGGUUGUUUAACCAUAGAAAAUGGGAUUGCACCAAACCAUGGGCUGACUUUUCCUCUGAAUUCAUGUCUCAAGUAUAUGUACCCACCACCUUCAAGCACAAUCCUAGCAAACAUAGUAAAUGCUUUGGCAAGUGUGCCUAAGUUCUAUGUACAGGUUCUUCAUCUUAUGAAUAAAAUGAAUUUGCCCACACCUUUUGGACCAAUUACUGCGCGACCUCCCAUGUAUGAAGACUAUAUGCCAUUACAUGCACCUCUUCCACCUGCAUCUCCUCAGCCACCAGAGGAACCUCCUUUGCCAGAUGAGGAGGAGGAAUUAUCAAGUAAAGAAUCAGAAUAUGAAAGCAGUGAUGAUGAAGACCGACAGAGAAUGACCAAACUAAUGGAACUAGCAAAUCUUCAGCCCAAAAGACCAAAAACAAUAAAGCAGCACCAUGUUAGAAAAAAGCAAAAAAUAAAGGAUAUGUUGAAAACACCAUCUACUGCACACAGCAGUUUACAUCCAGUGCUGUUACCUUCGGAUGUAUUUGACCAACCACAACCUGUAGGUAAUAAGAAAAUUGAAUUUCAUAUAUCUACUGACAUGCCAUCUGCAUUUAAGAAAGAUCUAGAAAAAGAACAAAAUUGUGAAGAACAAAAUUAUGAUUUACCUGCUACUGAAGGUGAUGCACCCAAUGUAGGAUUUGGAAAAAUCUUCCCCAAACCUAAUUUGAACAUCACAGAGGAGAUUAAAGAAGACUGUGAUGAAAUGCCAUCAGAGUGUAUUUCUAGAAGGGAGUUGGAAAAAGGCAGAAUUUCUAGAGAAGAAAUGGAAACACUUUCAGUUUUCAGAAGUUAUGAACCUGGUGAACCAAACUGUAGAAUUUACGUAAAGAAUUUAGCUAAACAUGUUCAAGAAAAGGACCUUAAGUUUAUUUUUGGGAGAUACGUUGACUUUUCUUCAGAAACACAACGGAUAAUGUUUGAUAUACGUUUGAUGAAAGAAGGUCGCAUGAAAGGACAAGCUUUCAUUGGACUUCCAAAUGAAAAAGCAGCAGCAAAAGCCUUAAAGGAAGCUAAUGGAUAUGUUCUUUUUGGAAAACCUAUGGUGGUUCAAUUUGCUCGAUCUGCUAGACCAAAACAAGAUUCUAAAGAAGGAAAAAGAAAGUGUUAAAAAUUAAUAAAGGUUCCUUUUGCUUCCAUGUCUUCCAACUGCUUUCCAACUUUGAGGAGAAGAAAUUGACACCUGGACUAUGGAACUAAAGAAAAAGGACUCAUGCUGCUUGUUCCACCGGACCUUGCAGACAGAUUGCAGGAGGUUGACAUGGUAAGAAAUCUUACCUUUUGCCAGCUGUCUCAGAUGUGCCAGGAUUUCUCAACUACAACAAUCUCAGGGUGAGCAAUAUUUAGCCAGUUAAAGUUUAUCCUGCCAACUAGCCAACUGUUGGGGAGGAAAAAAUUUCCUUCAAGAUUCUUCUAACGGGUCUAAGAAUUAAGCUGACAUGAAACAAAUUCAUAGUAGGAAAAAAACAAAUUUUAAUUAAUGGAGGCCCAAUAAUAACAUGAAGUCUUAAAUAUUCAAGUUAUAUGCUUCUGUACAUUUUAUGCAGAUGUUGCCAGGUGAACUGGGGAGACUCAGGGAGGUUCCAGGCCAGGGGGCCUCGACCUAGCUGAAGGAGUUGUCAAGAGCUCUCUGUCUUGUCUUGAAAAAACUCAAGGACAGGCACACAACACAGUGGAUGAGCGACAUAAGCAGGAAAGUUUAUUAAACUGAAGAGUAUAUUCUGGAGAUAUGAGAGCAAGUGAGCUCAAGAGAGAGCUGUGUGCCUUAGGGGUUGGGUUUCUAACUUUUAUUGACAGUUGUUAACUAGGGGGUGGAAUAUUUAUUACUUGGGGCAGGAAGCAGGCUUUCAUACUUUUUCUUACUAAUUUGGUCAGGGGUUUCCUGUCAUGGCAUCUGCCAUCUUGGGCCUGUCUGGUUUGAUCCAGAUUCUUGUGGACUGCUACCAGGACAGGCCUCUCUCUGACGUUUCUGAUAGCUGGCCAUGACUUCCUUGCUGCUGGCCUCCAGGUAUCCUGUUAGAACCUAACUGCUUAC